GUGUGUGUGUGUGUGUGUGUGUGUGUGUGUGUGUGUGUGUGUGUGUGUGUGUGUGUGUGUGUGUGUGUGUGUGUGUGUGUGUGUGUGUGUGUAAGUAAUCCAGUCCAGCCCCAGAAAUGGUUCUUGAACAAGUUUACUCUUUAGCCUCCAUUUGUAUGUUGCAAAAUGAUCAAUAUGAUAAUAGUAAUAGCCUAUGGUAAUAUGUUAUAUUUUACUGUAUAUUCAAAAAUAACAAAAUUAGUUAAAAUGAAAUAUUGUAUAUAUUUAUUUGAUGAAUACAAAUGGACAUAAUGCAGCCUUACACAUGAGUUCCUUUGCACUACUAGUCACCUAGCUCAGACAAUGCACUGACUGGUCAAUUGAUAGUUUUAAAUUGAUAGUUUUGCACAUUCCUACCUUUUACCUGUAAAUUAUAAAUUACAUAGUGAAACUAUUGUCAUUUUAGACACAGCUGUUCUUCAAUAGACAUUUCUUUCUGAGAAAAAGGAGUUAGAUUUUUUUAAAUAUUUUUAAGAAGUUUUUAUAUCAAAACAUAAAAUCGCAAUAUCACAAUACAUAUUGAAUCGGCAAGGAAAUAUCAUUGUAAUAUCGAAUGGGCAACAAUCAUCCAUGCGAUAAUCUAAUAAGCCAAUCGUGUGGAAGCAGUGCAGUGCAUAAAGUCAUGCAGAUAUGGGUCAGAAACUUAUAUUCACAUUAACCAUCAGAAUGGGGGAAAAAAUUUGGGCUGGUUUGAGUAUUUCUGUAACUGCUGAUCUCCUGGGAUUUUCGCACACAACAGUCUCUAGAAUUUACUCCGAAUGCUGCCAAAAACAAAAAACAUCCAGUGAGUGGCAGUUCUGUUGACGGAAAUGCCUUGUUGAUGAGAGAGGUCAACAGAGAAUGGCCAGACUGGUUUGAACUGACAAAGUCUACGGUAACUCAGAUAACCACUCUGUACAAUUGUGGUGAGAAGUAUAGCAUCUCAGAAUGCUAUUCUAAGUAAAUAAACAUAUCAACAAUAAUUACUUUAAACAGAGAAUAAAGACACUCAGACCAAAAAAAAAACAAAAAACAUUCCAAUAUCUUCGUACAUAAAUGUAUAAAUGAAAAACAUCCAAGAAAAGUAAAAAAAAAAUAAUAACAAAUAAAAAUAAUAAUUAGUGUUUUCCUUAUUAUUCUAACUGCAGCUCAUGAUUAUUUAUAAAUUCCAAAAAUAAACCCGUUUAAGGUAUAAGAUAUUUUUUCAAUUGAUAAGCAGGCUGAUAAUUCUCUUAGCCAUUGGCUAAUUGAAGGGUGGCAGAUAUUUUUCCAGUACAUGGAAAUUAAUCAGUAAGCAUGUAGCAAACAUAAACCUAACAACUUAGCUUCAUGUUUCUUCAAUUUCAGAUUUAUGGGAAAUAUACCUAAAAUGCAAAGUUUGGGACGCAGGAGACCUUUUUUAUUAUUAUUAUUAUUAUUAUUAUUUUAGAAAUUAUAUCAAUUACUUCUUUCCAGAACUGUUGUAUUACUGUACAAUUGCAGACACAGUAAAUUAAGUUACCUUUAGAUACAUUGCAUUUGAUACAAAUAUCAGAUAUAUUAGAGUUAAACUUGUUUAAUUUUUCUGGGGUAAUGAAUGUUCUCAUUAUCCAGUUGUAUUGUGUUAAUUUAUGUCUGGUGUUGAUUGACAAUUUUUGUGCUUUUAAGCAGACAAAUCUCCAUUCUUCAUCUGUGAUUUCUAUAUUAAAGUCCUCACACCAUGCACUUCUCUUAGAUUCUGUAGAUAUCUUUGCUUUUCCCAGAAGUUUACCAUAAAUAACAGAUAGCAGUGCCUUAUAAGUGUUUCAUGUUGCUAAUUGUUCUAAUAUUGUUAAUUGUGGAUAUUUUAAAGCAGAUUUUUUCAUAGCAGAGGUAAUAAAACUAAGUAGUUGGAUGAGAUUGGGGAAUGUCAUAAUUUUUUUUCAGGUAAUCAAAAGAAAUAAGAUCUCCAAUCUUACUUACACCCUUGUAGUACCAAAGUUUGAAGCCCAUAUCCUGUUUGCCUAGAAUGAAGUUCCCACUUCGCCAUAUAGGUGAGAAGAAUUAUAUUGUAAAUUGUUCACCCAAUGCCUUAUGUGCUUCAUACCCAACCUCUACAGUAUUCCUAACAAAUGGGUUUUUAGUAUCUUUCAAGAGUGUUUUGAGGGAAUCCGAAUAGAUAUAUAUCAAGACUAUUGGUAUUUUGGGUUUCCAACUCUAUCUGUACCCAAGUUAUAUCUGAGUUUCGGAACCAGAAAAAGGCACCCCUUAACUGAGCUGCCCAAAUUACAACAGCAAAUUGGGCAAUUUUAACCCCCCUCUGUCAUAUGCAAAUAUAACAGUGAUAAAUGUAAUCUUGGGCAUCUAUUGCUCCAAAUAAAAUUAGCCAAGGGUUUCCUCAUAUUUAUAAAGAAGGAACUAGGAGGAGCGAAAGGAAUUGAUUGAAAAAGAUAUCAAAACUUUGGCAAUAUAUUAAUUUUAAUUAUGUUUAUUCAUACAAUUAAAGAAAUAGGGAGAGUUCUCCAUCUGUUAAUGUCUUCUUUCACUUUAUUUAUUGUAGGAUCAUAAUUCACUGAGACUAGUUUGGCUAAUUGAGGAGUAAUAAUGAUACCAAGAUAUCUAAAUCCAUCCACAGAAUUAAUGAGUGACUUAUUUUCUGAUAUAACCUUCCUUCAUUAUAUAGAAAAAGUAUGGAUGAUUUUGCCUCAUUUAUUUUAAUAUUUAAUAUUAUUUAUCUUAAAAAUUUGCUCAAGGUAUUAAUCAGUUCAAUGAGCACUGGAAUAGAGUUUUUGAAAUCUGUUAGAAACAAAAUUGUAUCAUCUGCAAUACGGUGUUCCACGUUCACUAUCUUGAUUCCUUUAAUUUGGGGGUAACUUCUGAUCGAAAUUGCAAAAGGUUCUAAAGCUAGAACAAAUAAUAAUGGGGACAGAGGACAACCCUGGCGAGUUCCGUGAAAUGAUUGAAAUGGUUUUGAAAUUAUGGUUCUGCAUAUAACACUUUAAUCCAAUUACAAAAGGAUCUCCCAAACCGAAUCUAUAAAGUACUUGGAAAAAGAUAUGGCCACUCGACCCUAUCAAAGGCCUUUUCAGCAUCUAGGGACAACAUACAUGUGUCCCUAGAUCCUUCUCUUAAAUAUAGUAAAUUUAAUACACACCUAAUAUUGUGGAAAGCCUGAUGAUUUUUAACAAACCCGCAUUGGUUCACUUCUAUUAAAGAUGGAAGAUACUUCUCCAAUCUUAAUUGAUUCUCGUACAUAAUUUCACCCAUUUCUGUCGCUGCAUUCAUCACCAUUUGCCUGUCGCAGAAAUUCAGAAACUUCAUGAUGAGCACUCUUAGAUGAGCCUUCUCUUGGUAUAAUGGUUUGAAAGACCUGGUCCGAACUCCAGGCAUGAGCUGUCAGUCGACAGCACCUGUAUGUCACCUACCUGUCUAAAUGAGGCUAGAGUCAACAGGAGUGUGGUCUUUCACUAAAGCAGGCAUAUCAGUACAAGGCCCUCCCCUUCGGUCUGUCCCUGUCACCACACGUCUUUACGUAAGUUGCAGAGGCAGCCCUUGCCCCACUAAGGGAAGUGGUCAUCCGCAUCCUCAAUUAUGUCUGACUGGCUGAUUCUAGCUCACUCUCGAGAUUUAUUGUGUGCACACAGGGACCUGGUGCUCAGACACCUCAGCCGAUUGGGACUUCAGGUCAACUGGGAAAAGAGCAAGCUCUCCCCAGUGCAGAGCAUCUCUUUUGUCGGGAUGGAGUUGGACUCAGUCACUAUGACAGCACGCCUCACGAGCAAGUGCACUCAGUUGGUGCUGAAUUGCCUGAAGUCAUUCAGGGCAAGAUCAGUGGUCCCACUGAAACAAUUUCAGAGGCUCCUGAGGCAUAUGGCAUCCUCAGCAGUGGUUACGCCGCUCGGGUUGAUGCAUAUGAGACCGCUUCAGCACUGGCUUCAGACUCCAAUCCCGAGAUGAGCAUGGCGCCGUGGUACGCAUCGUGUGGCUAUCAUGCUGAUCUGUCGCCAUAUGUUCAGCCCUUGGACGGACCUUGCAUUUCUACGGGCAGGGGUUCCCCAUAGAAAUGCCGUGUCAUUGUCACAACAGUGCGGGUUUGUGUCCAAGUUGUCUGCAAUGGGCACGCAGCCUCGGACUCCUGGACAGGACCUCGACUGCAUUGGCAUAUCAACUGCCUUGAGUUACUGGCAGUAUUGCUGGCUCUGCGGAGGUUUUGACCAUUGAUCCAGGGCAAGCACGUGUUAGUCCAGACAGACAACAUGGCGACGGUAGCAUAUAUAAAUUGCCAAGGCGGUUUACACUCAUGUUGCAACUCGGCCACUUCUCCUCCUUUGGAGUCAGCAGUGACUGAAGUCGUUGUGGGCCACUUACAUCCCAGGGGAACUCAGUAGCGGACACGCUGUCACAAAAAGUGAUGCUCAGGGGAGAGUGGAGACUCCACCCCCAGGUGGUUCAGCUGAUUUGGAGUUGAUUCGGCAAAGCGCAGGUAGACCUGUUUGCUUCCCAGGAAUCCUCCCACUGACCACUAUGGUACUCCCUGGCCGAGGCCUCGCUCGGCACAGACACACUGGCACACAGCUGGCCCCGGGGCCUGUGCAAGUAUGCGUUUCCCCCAGUGAGCCUGCUUGCACAGACUUUGUGCAAAGUCAGUGAGGACGAAGAACAAGUCGGUGCUUUCCUUCCUGCAGGAGGGGUUAGAGGGGCGGCUGUCCCCCUCCACCUUAAAAGUGUAUGUGGCCGCCAUAGCAGCACACCACGAUGCAGUAGACGGUAAAUCCUUGGGGAAGCACAACCUGAUCAUCAGUUUCCUUAGAGGCGCCAGGAGGUUGAAUCAUCCUAGGCCAUGCCUCAUUCCCUCCUGGGACCUCUCUGUAGUUUUGCUGGCCUACAGAGAGCCCCGUUUGAGCCCCUAGAGUCAGUUGAGCUAAAAGCCCUCUCAUUGACUGCACUCACUUCCAUCAAGAAGGUUGUGGACCUGCAGGCAUUCUCUGUCAGCGAUACUUGCUUAGAGUUUGGUCCAGCAUACUCUCACGUGAUCCUGAGACCCCGGCCGGGCUAUGUGCCCAAGGUUCCCACUACCCCUUUUAGGGAUCAAUUGGUGAACUUGCAAGCGCUGCCCCGGGAGGAGGCAGACUCAGCCUUGUCAUUGCUGUGUCUGGUAUGCACUUUGCGUGUUUACUUAGACUGCACAGAGAGCUUUAGUUGCUCUGAGCAGCUCUUUGUCUGUUUUGGGGGACAGCAGAGGGGGAAGGCAGUCUCCAAACAGAGGAUUGCCCACUGGAUUUUGGAAGCCAUCACUUUGGCAUACCAGGCCCAGGGCACGCCGUGCCCCCUGGGAGUACGAGCACACUCUACUAGGAGUGUGGCAUCCUCCUGGGCCCUGGCGAACGGUGCCUCUCUAACAGACAUCUGUAGAGCAGCAGGCUGGGCGACCCAUGUGCUUGCAGGUACGAACAGGUAAAUAUGCGGGCAGCUGGCUGGGUGUACCACUUGCACUUAGUGCCUUUCCCCUCCCUGAGGGGAUAAUGUGUGCUUUUUUCAUCCACGUGAGUUCCCGGAACCGGUGAACCCUGGAUGUCUUUCCUCCCCCAGCACUUUGCAGCAGGCGAAAUCGGCAGAGGAAUUCGAUACCAGGCCCAGUACUCAUGAAGUAUGCCCUGUCAGGUCAAGCCCUGUUCUUGGGAUAGGUGCUCCAUAUGUGGUGGUUCCCUGUCGGUAAUCCCAUAUGAGGUAUUUUCCACGUUAUGGUUUCCCUGACAGUAAACCCGUGUCUUCCCUUGGGCAUAGUUCUGCUCUGCCACCAGUCGCUGUGCUUGUGGAGCUCCUCCCCUCCAAGUAGGACCUACCGCAGGGACUCCUUUCCAUAUGUGGUACUUCCCAGCGGGUAAGUCCAUGUGAUGUGCUCUCCACAUGUUAACCUUCCUUCGGGCAGGAUGUGGUCUCUGCGGUGUCCUUUCUCCAUGGGGAAAGGAACAACUUCCCCGGCGCGAAUACAUCUUGGUCCCAGCUAAGUGAAUUUAUUUUUUUAUUUUUUUAAAGAGAAAAGGUCAAAAUAGCUGGUGCGGCCUAUUCCCACUGUAAGCACGUCUUGUCGCCCCAACCCAUUGGGGUACGAGGGACUAUGCGACUUAUGUGGUGCGUUGGGAAGGUUACAAUGGGGCUGUGUGCACAUGUUACUAGGCACACGGUAGGCUGCCUGCACCUGCACUGCCGAUCCACGUAACAAAGUUCAGCUGGUUGUGACAUUUUGUUGUGUCUACAUCGAUACAACAUUGAGUGAGUGACAGAUAGAGAACAUCUUGGUUACUAUUUUAACCUCCGUUCCCUGAUGGAGGGAACAAGAUGUUGUGUCCCUCCUGCCACAUCACUGAACUACCCACUGAAAUGGCUGGGACUCUGUCUCGGCUCCUCAACACAAACCUGAAUGAGUAGAUGCAAGCCGUCUCCUUUUAUACCCAUAUGUCCGGGGGAGUGGCAUGCAAAUUCCACUCGCCAAUUCUCAUUGGCCUUUUCUCAAAUAUCAGAGGUGUUUGGGGCUCCCAAGUUCAACCCCUAGUGUCACUACAUCGACACAACUUUUCGUUCCCUCCAUCAGGGAACAGAGAUUACAGUAGUAACCAAGACGUUGUUUUAGUUGUUAAUUAUCAUAAUAAUAACAAUAAAUCAGUAUCAAAAUUUAUAAUUCUAUUAAUAAUAACUACUGAAGUGAAUAUUAAUCAUGUAUUUCACUGAAUUCAUCCAUCUGUGAAUCACAGUAAUGUCAUUCUAAUCUGAGGUAAACCGUUGGUUCUCCCUUUGACUAAAAGCCAUUGCGAGCAAACUGACAGUUCAUCACGACCACAACUAGGGGUGAAAAUACGACAGUCGGACAUGAAUGAAUCCCUUAAGGGAUGUUGUAAAGCGGCUCGAGUGUUUUAAUCAUACACUGAAAUCCAAAUUGUUCAUCAAUGGAUUAGGGCAACAUAACUUUGGCAUUGAGCACCCCAAGCGCUUUAGUUAUUGUUCUAGGUCUGUCCGAAUUAGCACUUAGUGCCUGCUUAAAAACGGUAGGGAGUGUGUGCAGUUUUGGCUCACCUUUGACCCAUCUUCCCUGGGUGAUGUCAGUGUAAAUUAUUAAUCACAUAUCACUGACAAGCGAUGUCUGCAAACAGUGAAUGUUUUGUAAAUGGUUUUUGACCAUCGAUGUAAUUGACUGCAAAAAGAAAACGUUUCCAGAAAGGAGACUUGAAUGACACAGUAGGCUUCUCUAUCAGCUACUUCUUUUCUCUGCCUGCCAUUUUCUUUUUUUUCUUUUUCUAUCCUUUUCUCCCCAAUUUGGAAUGCCCAAUUCCCAAUGCGCUCUAAGUCCUCGUGGUGGUAUAGUGACUCACCUCAAUCCAGGUGCCGGAGGACGGAUCUCAGUUGCCUUUGCGUCUGAGACCUCAAUCCAUGCAUUUUAUCAUGUGGCUUGUUGAGCGCGUUACCGUGGAGACAUAGCACAUGUGUAGGCUUCACGCCAUCCACCACAGCAUCCAUGCUCAACUCACCACAUGCACCACCUAAAACGAACCACAUUAUAGUGACCACGAGGAGGUUACCCCAUGUGACUCUACACUCCCUAGCAACUGGGCCAAUAUGGUUGCUUAGGAGACCUGGCUGGAGUCACUCAGCAUGCCCUGGGAUUCGAAUUUGCGAACUAGUGAACUCCAGGGGUGGUAGCCAGCGUCUUUACCACUGAGCUACCCAGGCUCCUUAAUCAGGCUUUUUAACAAGUAUCUUCAUCGGCCUUGAGAAGUGUCCAUCAAAACCGCGUGUCCCACCCUUAUGUUUUGAAGAGCUUUGACUAAUUUACCUCAGCUGUCCGGCUGUUGCUUGAAGCUGGAUUAGGUCUGCUGAUCUAUAUCACCACCACCAAGGUAAAGUAUCUCCUCUUGUUCUUGAAAACAGUGUUAAAAUAUGUACAAGUUAACUUAACAUUCUAAUGACAAAAAAGCUAAUUCUGACAGGCAAUUUAAUGCACUGGACCCAGAUAAUGCGCCUCGAAACCAACCACUCAACAAACAGACUAGAAACCCUAGUCAUAAAAUUGAUUUCGAUCUAAAAUAGUAAGUGAAAGUUCAGAUUAUAUCCAAAAAUAAAUUUUAUAGCAAUCGAUAACCUACAAACUGAGUUCUGGGAACACGAACAGUUAGACUGGAGCCUGUAACUGAACAUGCACCAUUGGAACCCAUGAUAAGAAAAACUGUGUAUGUCUGCGUUCACUAACAAAAAUCCAAGUUCAAUUAAAAUAUCGAACAGGUCAUUAACAGAUGUGUAAUGAUAGAAUUCUGUUUAUGGGACUAAUGGUGAUUAAUUGUUAUUUUGACUCAUUUCGUUUAUGAGAGUUUUUCCAUGCUCUUGAAAAAUUAAUUUUUUUGGAGAUACUGUCAGGGCUUUUCAUUAGAAUGUGACGAUAUAUUAAGGAAUCUGGUCCUUUUUCUUUGGCAGAUCUUCUCCUCCAUACUACACAGUGAUCGUAAUUCACCCCUGCAGUGAAAAAAGGUGGAAUAUAAAGAGGAACAACACCAAGUGUAACCACUGAAAUCUACUGACAUACUAUUACAAAAAUGAAGUGUGUUAAAGAGGAGCAUGAAGACAUCAGUAUUACAGAAUCAUGCAGAAUGAAACAUGAAGAUACUGAAGAACAAAGAGACUUGAUGGAAGUAAAAGAAGAAAGUCAAGAACUGAAUGACACGGAGGAGAAACACCAUCAGUAUCAUACAUUUGAUAAUUUCAUCACUGGUGAAGAAUCUUCUAGUGGCUCAAAGACUGAAAAUAAUUUCUCACAGAAAAUAACUCUAAAAACAAAAUCCAAAAAUUAUUUCUCCUGCUCUCACUGUGGAAAAAUGUUUGCACAAAAAAGAAACCUUAACGCUCACUUAAAGCUUCACACUGGUGAGAUGCCCUUCACAUGCCAUCAGUGUGGAAAGAGUUUCCUACUAAAAGGAAACCUUGGCAAUCACUUAAAAAUUCACACUGGAGAGAAGCCUUUCUCAUGCUUUCAAUGUGGAAAAGGUUUUGCAGUUAAAAGAGACCUUAAGUGUCACAUGAGAAUUCACACAGGAGAGAAGCCUUUUACAUGCCCUCAAUGUGGCAAGAGUUUCACGAAGAAAGGACAGCUUGAUGUUCACAAGAAAAUCCAUUCUGGAGAAAAGCCCUUCUCCUGCCAUCAGUGUGGAAAGAAUUUCAGAGAGAAAGGAGAUCUUAAGCGUCACAUGAGAAUUCACACUGGAGAGAAGCCUUUCACCUGCUCUCAAUGUGGAAAGAGUUUCACACAAGCAGCCCAUCUCACAGUUCAUCUGCACUAUCACUCUGGAUUUAAGCCAUUUAACUGUGAUCAGUGUGGAAAGAAAUUUACAGUGGCAUCACAGCUAAAGGUACACAUGACAACUCACACAAAUAAGAAGCCUCACGUGUGUUCUUUUUGUGGAAAGAGUUUUGCUAACUCGGGACACCUGAAAGCACACGAGAGAGUGCACAGUGGAGAAAAGCCAUUCACAUGCAUUUCAUGUGGGAAGAGUUUCACCCAAUUAAGUAGUCUAAAGACUCAUUUAAAAAAGCGUUGCCCAAAAUUGUCAUUGUGAACAAAGUUCAUUUCAGGGUCAACACUUAUUUAAUGUAACAACUUCAGUCAGUUCACUAGAUCUGUUUGAAAGUAAUAAAAUCAUUUAUUAGAACAAAAAAUAAUAAAAUGCAUAAAUGAGAGGUAUCUACCAUAUUUGAUGUCAUUAGAUUGACAGGACUAACCUUUAGCAGAUCGCAUAUAAAGUGAAAUUAUAUAUGACAUAAGACCUUAUCUUUCAUUUCCAUUUAGUAAUUUAGCAGACACUUAUCCAAAGCGACUUACAAAUUAGGAACAUAGCAAGCAAUUUGUCAUUCAACAGUCUGCCGUGUUGCACUGUCAGGUUCUUAAAGUUGCUGGAGUAGUAUAGAAGCUAGUGUAGAAGGAAUAGACAUACAAGAUUUUUUAUAUUGUUAAAUAUUAAGAGUUCAUUUAGUGUGGAUGGUUAAGUGCUCUCGGAAUAGAUGUGUUUUCAGCUGGUUCUUGAAUGUUGUGAUGGUUUCAGCAGAUCAUGUGGAGAUUGGAAGCUCAUUCCACCACAGAGGAAGAGAAAGUGAAUGAUCGUGAGUCCUGAGUGCCUUGGACUACUAGAGCAUCUGAACAGAAUACCCAUAAUCCAAAGAGCACCAUUGGGAAUUGUUAUACACCCAAGUAGCAAUUCUUGCAUGCUGUGUUUGACUGUAAUCAUGAAAUAGACUUUGUGCCUCUGUGACGGGACCAUCGGGUGCUGCUCGUUCAUUGAUCACAGAGAGUGAGUUGGGACAUAGACCUGGAGGAGUGAAUUGAAGUAAGAGGGUGCUGUUCCAAAGGCUGUCCUGAAGGUCAGAGUCAAAGCCUCAAAUUUGAUGCGGGCAGCUACAGGUAGCCAGUGCAGUGACAUCAAGAGUGGGGUGACGUGAGCUGUCUUUGGUUGAUUUGUCUUUGGCUGACGCACUGCUGCAUUGUGGAACAUCUGCAGUGGCUUAAUCGAGUUAGCUGGGAGGCCGGCUAGAAGAGCACUGCAGUAGUCCAGUCUUGAAAUGACCAGAGCUUGGACCAGGAGCUGUGCAGCAUAUUUAGACAGGAAAGGUCUGAUUUUCCAAAUGUUGCACUUUCAUGGUGCAAAUGACAAAACUGCUUUAACAACACCUUGUUUUACUUCGAGAAAUAGCCUUUAUUUCUUCUAUGUGUUUUGAACUGCCUCUUUCCUCUCACUUCAUCACAGUCUGUUGAUGCAUUCGGCCUCUGUCACCAGCAGCUCAUGGAUCUCUUCGAGGCUAUCACUCACUGCCACAUCCCUGAUAAUCCAUUCUGUUUAAAUGCUUUGAUCUAAUACAGCCGGCAACUGAUUGAGAUUUUCAGUAUAGAAACGCAUACAUAUUCAUGUGGAAGCACAAGAAAUGUAACGCAUUCUGGGAGGAGCGGAAAAUGAGUGCCUGGACUGUGGCCGAAGCGGGGCUGAGUGCCAUCUUGUGAAAUGCACUACUCCCUCCAGUGAAAUUCUGAUCGCUACGCUCAGCUCGCAUACUUUGACAGCCGCAAGACUACGCAGAAUGCUGUGGGUGCACGUUAUAUGUCAGGAUUGUUGGGAAAACGUGCUUGGUAAAUUAACUAAUGACCUGUGGCUUGCACAUUUUCAUGUGUAACGUCGCACAUUUGAUGUUUAUGCAAGAAACUGCGACUGCUAUUUUACCGACAAUAGCACAACCAUGCAGUUAUAGAUUAGAGACAUUCAGAUCAGCUUGAUUUCUGGUCAGUUCGUCUGUUAAAAAUAAAAAAAGAAGCUUAUUGGUCACUUGAAGAGAACACAAGAGCCCGCUCCAACAAUAGAACGAUUUUUUUUUCUGUCAUGCUUGAUGUCCUUUUCCAGGUGCUGGAACCAUUAACUCACCAGGGAGUCCUGACGGUCAAGUGAUUAACGACCUCCCGCUGGCAGAUGCUAAUGCAUGAUCCAUCUCUCACCUACUGGCCGUUGAUUAUGUUGAUGAAGCUAGCACCUGAAAAUCACUGGAAAAAAAUCAGCUACUGUGAUGCUGUCUGAAGGGACAACCGCAGGCGAUCUUGGAUGGCUUUUAGGAGAGAUGGGGACUCCCUCAAUGUGCCAGAGCUAUUAAUGGUUCCCAUAUCCCGGUCACUUCCUGUGAUGAUGCAAAGGACUAUUUUAAUUGUAAAGAAAGUUACUCUAUCAUAUUAUAGCGGAUGUAAAUAAGCACUACUGGUGAGUAAAGUUACACCAUAACACAUAUACAUAAAUAUGAACGAACAGCUAGGCUAUUUGUAUAUCCCAGUAAGGUAGCAAGUCCGUUUGUUGACUUGUUUGUCAUCGAUAGGUUUACCAAUUACCAAUCACUUUUACUUGAGCUAAAGUUGCCGAGGGUUGUGGUUCAAUACCUCAUUUGUGUCUUUCUGUUUCUCUGUGUAGGUCACCUGGUAAAUUUAAGGUGUACAGGUCCCUAUUUUGCUUCUAGGCGACCAUGCAUACCCUCUCUUGAGUUGGCAGAUGAAGGGAUUUCCAGACAAUUGACAUCUAACCAGAGAAGAGAGGCUCUUCAACUACCGACUGAGUCAUGCACACAUUACUGUUGAAUGUGCUUAUGAAGGGCUAAAGGGGAGAUGGAGGUGUCUGCUGAAGACGGUGAAAGUGAGCAAAGUGACAAAAAUGCCCCCUAAAUUCAAAAUGUAGGAGCAAAAAAUGCCCCCACAAUGAAUUCCUCAAUUUAGGCCUAAUUGUACAUAUUAUUACAUAAAGUAUAAGCUGAUAUCGAUUGAAUUUCAUGGGUAAGAGGUAAUCAAUUCUCAAUCUAGUUAUUUAUAUUGAGAAUUUAUGUUAAUCACGGGCAUGACCCCUCACUUUCAAUAAAACCAAAGUCCAUCCCCCACACUUUUUCACAGGGCAAAUGUGUUUAAGCUGUGUCUUUCAUACAGCAAAUGUCUAAAUGUGUAAAGCAAAAGUUAAAAUUCACUGGUCAAUCAUGUAAUUAAUUAAAUAAAAAAAAAAAGAUCAAUUGAGAGCCUUAAAAAUAUACCUUAUAUAUUUGUUUGUCUUGCGCUAAUCUUUCUGUCCUCCUCACUUUUGAAAUGAUUGCUACGCCCCUGAUGUUAAUUGUUUGAUUAAAUGUAAUUAUUUGACAUAAAA